AUGAUUCAAUUUCUCGUGGGUGUGUCGAUCUCAUGGCGUGAGGUUUUCGGAGAGCUUCAACAGCCUGACAGGCGGCCGCUACAGCCAUUGUACCUCAAUGGGGGACCUUGGCUUUCAACAUUCGGACACAGUAUCACUGAGUUUGCUCGCGUUUGCUGGUGUAUAACUGGCCACGCGCCCAUUGGAGCGUACUACCGACGCUUCAAGAUCAAUGAGCCUCACGGCUGCACUUGCGGGGCUGCUUUGCAGUCUCGCCAGCACAUCCUCUUUCGCUGUCACGAUCGCUACUCUGUGCAUUACCCCCGCUUUCUUGGGGAUAUUGCAUCUUUUAUGAAGUACAACCCCACGGCGUUUGGCUUCAACCGGGACCCCUCAGGUGUCGGAUAA